GGACCCGGCGGAAAUCGCGUGCAUGUUCUAGGGCAGGAUUGUAAAUGCGCCAUGACUCCGCCUGAUCGGGUCUUAUUGCAAAGCUGAAUGUUGGUGCGAUUUCAGGCCUGUACAACUUAGCUUAUAACAUUCACUAAAGAACAAAACACAGCAAACCAAGAUGGAGUACGAGUGGAAACCAGAUGAGCAAGGACUUCAGCAAAUUCUACAGCUUCUGAAAGAGUCCCAGUCUCCGGAUACCUCCACACAACGAACCGUCCAGCAAAAACUUGAGCAGCUAAAUCAGUAUCCAGACUUCAACAACUACUUGAUCUUUGUGUUAACAAAGUUGAAAUCGGAAGAUGAACCCACCAGAUCUCUUAGCGGUCUGAUUCUGAAAAACAAUGUGAAGACACAUUUUCACAACUUUCCAAAUGGGGUGUCGGACUUCAUAAAAAACGAGUGUUUAAAAAACAUUGGAGACACAUCGCCGUUGAUAAGAGCCACUGUGGGUAUUUUGAUCACAACUAUUGCCUCAAAGGGAGAGCUACAGAAUUGGCCGGAACUCCUUCCCAAGUUAUGUGUGCUUUUAGACUCUGAGGAUUACAGUACCUGUGAGGGAGCAUUUGGAGCGCUUCAGAAGAUCUGUGAAGAUUCGGCUGAAAUUCUGGACAGUGAUAUUCUUGACCGACCACUGAAUAUCAUGAUACCAAAAUUCUUACAGUUCUUUAAACACAGCAGUCCAAAAAUUAGGUCCCAUGCUGUUGCCUGUGUCAACCAGUUUAUCAUUAGUAGAACUCAGGCCCUUAUGUUACAUAUUGAUUCUUUUAUUGAGAAUCUGUUUGCACUGGCCACUGAUGAAGAGCCCGAGGUCCGUAAGAAUGUGUGCCGCGCCCUGGUGAUGCUACUGGAAGUUCGGAUGGAUCGGCUGCUUCCUCACAUGCACAACAUUGUGGAGUACAUGUUGCUAAGAACCCAGGACCAGGAUGAGAAUGUAGCUUUGGAGGCUUGUGAGUUUUGGUUGACGCUAGCUGAGCAGCCGGUCUGUAAAGAAGUGCUGUGUGUACACCUUUCGAAGUUAAUCCCUGUUCUUGUAAAUGGUAUGAAGUACUCUGAAAUUGACAUUAUUCUGCUCAAGGGAGACGUGGAGGAGGAUGAAGCGAUUCCGGACAGCGAGCAAGACAUCCGGCCACGUUUCCAUCGCUCUCGCACCGUGGCACAGCAGCACGAGGCAGACGGCAUCGAGGAGGAUGACGAUGAUGACGAUGAACUUGAUGAUGACGACACUAUUUCCGACUGGAAUUUGAGGAAAUGUUCUGCUGCUGCACUCGAUGUCCUUGCUAAUGUGUUCCGGGACGAGCUCCUGCCUCACCUCCUCCCUCUGCUGAAGGAGCUGCUCUUCCAUCCCGAAUGGGUGAUCAAGGAGUCCGGCAUCUUGGUUCUGGGAGCCAUCGCUGAAGGCUGCAUGCAGGGUAUGAUCCUGUAUCUCCCGGAGCUUAUCCCCCACCUCGUUCAGUGCUUGUCUGACAAGAAAGCUCUUGUCCGCUCCAUUACAUGCUGGACCCUUAGCCGCUAUGCACACUGGGUUGUCAGUCAGCCCCCAGACACCUACUUGAAGCCACUGAUGACCGAACUGCUGAAACGCAUCCUGGACGGCAACAAGCGAGUACAGGAAGCGGCCUGCAGUGCCUUUGCUACACUAGAAGAGGAGGCUUGUACGGAGUUGGUGCCCUACCUCGGUUAUAUACUCGACACCCUUGUAUUUGCUUUUAGCAAAUACCAGCACAAGAACCUGCUCAUCCUGUAUGAUGCUAUAGGCACUCUUGCCGACUCAGUAGGCCACCAUUUGAACAAGCCGGAGUACAUAGAGAUGCUGAUGCCGCCCCUCAUCCAGAAAUGGAACCAGCUGAAGGAUGAAGACAAGGAUCUGUUUCCUCUGCUGGAGUGCCUGUCUUCAGUUGCCACUGCCCUGCAGUCUGGCUUCCUCCCAUACUGUGAGCCUGUGUACCAGCGCUGUGUGAACCUGGUACAGAAAACUCUAGCACAGGCCAUGCUGCACAACGCCCAGCCGGAUCAGUAUGAAGUGCCAGACAAAGAUUUUAUGAUUGUAGCUCUUGAUUUGCUCAGUGGCCUCGCUGAAGGACUUGGCGGCAGCAUCGAGCAGUUGGUGGCGCGCAGCAAUAUCCUGACAUUGAUGUAUCAGUGUAUGCAGGAUAAAAUGCCAGAGGUCCGGCAGAGUUCCUUUGCCUUGUUGGGUGAUCUAACCAAGGCAUGUUUCCAGCAUGUCAAGCCAUGCAUUGCUGAUUUCAUGCCAAUUUUGGGCACUAACCUCAAUCCUGAAUUAAUUUCUGUGUGCAACAAUGCUACAUGGGCGAUUGGAGAGAUUUCAAUUCAGAUGGGUGCUGAAAUGCAGCCAUACAUUGCUAUGGUGUUACACCAGCUGGUGGAGAUCAUCAACAGACCCAAUACACCAAAGACAUUAUUGGAAAAUACAGCAAUAACAAUUGGUCGUCUUGGUUACGUUUGUCCUCAAGAGGUGGCUCCCAUGCUACAGCAGUUUAUAAGACCCUGGUGCACUUCACUACGUAAUAUACGGGACAAUGAAGAAAAAGAUUCAGCAUUUCGGGGAAUCUGCACAAUGAUCAGUGCCAACCCAGGAGGUGUUGUGCAGGAUUUCAUAUUUUUCUGUGACGCUGUAGCCUCCUGGGUUAGUCCGAAGGAUGAUCUGCGAGAUAUGUUCUGUAAGAUCUUACAUGGAUUUAAAAACCAAGUUGGAGAUGAAAACUGGAAGCGAUUUUCAGACCAGUUUCCACUUCCAUUGAAGGAACGCCUUGCAGCAUACUAUGGAGUGUAACAGCAUGGUCUGUAGGAGCAGUAAUUGGGGUCUUUCACUCUGGGAGACAACGGGGAGCCUCUGCACCCAGGGAAAAUGUUACCCUUUACUGGGGGGGAAGGGUAGACCAGGGGGGACAUACAGUACGAUCCCAACCCAUCUGGGCGGGGUGGGAGGGAGGUGUUAGUCGUCGCACUGUUCAGCUGACGGGGGAACACCUGGAGCAAUUGAGGGAGGAAAUUUAGUCUUUUUACAACUCAAUAUCUGAAUAAGAAGCAAAUGAAGAUAUGUUGUCCAAUAAUAAUAUAGCACAUUGUUAAAAAAAAAAAACAAAAAAAACCUCGGGGAUACCUUUAAACAUUUUAUAGACAAUAUUGGCUUAAAGUAUAGGGUUAAGUGCAGAUCAUUUAAAAAUAAAUACAUAAAUAAAUGGCACACUGUAAAAACCUAAGAUGGGAUUCUAAAUAGCAUUGACUGCAUUUAAAGUAAACCUAGACAUAGGCAUGGUGAAUUCCAGAACAUUGCAUGGAAUGAAGAAUACUCAAUGAAGUAAAAGCAGUUUCACAAGUUCAACUUGUAACAUACUGUACGUCAUCAGUGGGCACCUGUUAUUAAAUUUGGUAGACGGAACAAAUUAAAUGCUAGAGCUAAUGUUAAGACCAACAGCCUAGCCAGAAGCCUAAUUAGUCAGUUUAGUGUCUAACUAGUUUUUGCAUAUCAUGGCAAAUACAAUUGGCAUAUCUUGCAUACUCCUCAAAUACUAGAGAGAUUAUUUUGGAGGGGUGGGGGCUAUGUUUUUUUUUUUUUUUUACACCAAUACUUUCUGUCAACGUACAGUUUGAGGUAAAGACAUGCAUUUUUAUUUCUUGAGUUGUUUUAUGGGAAGAGUAGCAUGCUUGCAGCAAGAGUGUGAAUGGUAUACAUUUUACAUAUAUACUGCAACAGUUUUGUGUUUCGGUUGAAUAGUACAUAGCCCUACAUUAAAAAGAAAAGAAAAAAUAGUUUAAUUUCUGUUAAGGAUAUAGGUUUAAGUCAUGUAGUUAAGAUAAGGCCUUAAUCUCUUUAGGACUCAUUAGGAUUAAUUUUGAUAUAGUACUGUGUGUAACCUGCACAUUGUGUAAAGCCGAUUAUACCUGUGCAAUCUUUGCUUCUGUGCUGUUAAUGUGAUGUGCUUACUGCAUGGACAUAAUACUAGUGAAUUGACCAGAUAUUCUGAAACUAUAGAGCCAUGUCAUUAAUAGAACUGUUAAGGGCUUGUGUUAAACAUCAGCUGGAAUCUAAUAAGGACGAAUGUACAAGUUCAUGACCUGUUUGCUGUACUUCAGUGUCUAUUCCCACUCCGUUUGUUAAUUUUCUUUUUAAUUGCAUUUUUGUUCAAAGCAUGAUCUUAAAGGUGUUUGAUUCAUUUAAUGGAUGUCAUAACAAGGUCCUGGAAGCCUUGGUCUGCGCAUGUUGAUGGCCCGUCGUACCCCAGCUCGAUGCGAAAGGGCACAAGCUACAGGGUGGAACUUUGAAUCCUUUUUAUUUCCAGUUUCAUCACUUCAUCUGUGUUGUUGUUGUUUACUUUAAGUCUUUCAGUCUGUUUAAGAAUAAACCUGUGUUUAUUUAACCUUUCCCCUCCCCUUAAUGUGUAUUUUGUUGUAUUGUUUUAUACUGUGAAUCUGGAAACGGAUCUGGUACACGUUGUAUUGUUUGGAUUGCCUGAAAGUAUCCCAUGCUGAAUAUAGGGGGCCUGUACAAAGAUAUACGAUUGCUCUGCUGGUCAGAACUAGGCCUGCAGUACUCCUUGGUUUUGUUUUUUUUUCUUUCUUUCUAUAUAAAGUGCGAGACAAUUCAACCUUAACAAAAAAGAAACUUGUAAAGCCAUAGCAGCUUUUUGCAACCGAAGAAUGUCCCACAUAAAAAUAAAUAAUAAUAAUAAUAUUUUGGCAGAUCUUUGCAUGUUUUCAUCCAGUGUGUGAGUGGUUGAAUGGUAUUGAAUAUUGCACUGACAAGUUUAGCCUACGCAUGUGAGACGUGUUAGAUUUGCAUUUCUUAUUUUUUUAAAUUUAUUUUGGUAACAUUUUUUUAUAUUUCGGUGUGCAUGAGAGCAUGUGGUUUUUACACAUUCCUCUUAGCUGACAAAUUAUGCAUAUAUCUGUCAGGUAAAGAGUAAUUCUUAAUGCAUUCUCCCAGUUUUAUUCAGUUUUUAUUAUUCCUUUUGAAAACAAGUUGGUAUUGCUUCAACUCCAAUAACAAGAGGGUCACUUCACUUCUAAACUGGCAAUAUUAUUUUCCACUUGUGAAAGGUACUCUGUUUUAGCCUUUGGGACCACGAGGUGAUUUUUUUGGUUCCUCCCUGUAAUGAGUUAGGUGGGAGGUAUUUGGUUUCAAAUAGUUCAGUGUAGCGCAACAAUUACUUUGGGUCUAAACUGACAUUUUUAAGAAAAAAAAAAUAGUAUGCUGCUGUAGACCUUGCAGAUUAUAUAAAGAUAAUGUUCUGUACACAGAACAUAUUAAAGUGCAAGACUUUUUCAAAUUUCUGUCCAGUGUGUGCAGUUAUCAAGAGGAAAAUAACCUGGGGGUAGAGUACAGCUUUUAAAAGUGUUGUCUGUGAAGUUAAAUAUAUGCUGAAAAAAAGUUAUAGAAACAAACGCUUGAUCGUAAACCAGUAAAAACAGAAUGCUUUUGUUCUCAACAUGCCAUGCACUAAGCAGUUUUAUGUUCAGUAUAAACAUUGCCCUUUUAAAAAUGGAUACAAUGCAUCAUGGGGUAUAUAUGAAGCAUAUGUCUUAUCUGUGGUGUGCGUGUUUUAAGGUUCUGAAUGUGGAUUGUCUGAAGUCGUAAUACUUUGUCUUGUCACAUUCCAGCUUUUUUUCCCCUUCUUUCCUUUGGCAUGCUAAAAGCACGGCUCAUUUUGUCUGCUCCUUACACACUGAAUUAAGUUGCUGUUAGUGUGCUGUCGUACAUAUAUGGCCGCUGCUAAGUAGUUUUCUACUUGAAUAUUUUUAUGUUGUAGAAACCUCAGGAGGUUGGUGUUUACUGUUAUAUGCCUUUUCCAUUUGAGCUUCCCUUUUUUGAAGGAUUCUAACAAUAGAUGAAACGAACUCCUUCUCAACUUGAGUUGGUAACAGAAAGUGUUUCAAGGUGUGGUGUAAAUGUUAAAAUGUUUCUGUCUCAGGGCAGACAUUUGUCUUCAGUCCAUUCUUGAAGUCUUAUCUUUCUGAAUGUGCUGGUGGGAUUAUUAACAUGUGCACCUUGACUGGCUAUUUCUGUUGACAGCUUGGGUUGCAAUAGAGUUUUCCUCCAAAAAAAACCCUUUAAGGAACUGGGCCAAGUUUCUGAACACCAGAAAGCGCCAACUACUGUAAUGUUAGAAUGUUACCUUCAAAAACCUGCUCCAGCAACCUCUCCCAGCUCUAUAUACUUCACUAAUACUUCUUGAAGUCUGCCUUCACAUCUACGCUAACAUGAGAGAACUUCAUUUUAAAUAGAAAAUAUGGUUUUAAUUUUUGAUAAGCUGCUGAAUUUUAAACCGUUUUUUGGGGCCACCAAAUAUUUUGGAUCAUGCAAAUAAUCUAUAUUGUACUGUAGUAAUUUUGUAAUAUUUGUAUGAUGUAGUGAUAUUAGAUGUGAAUGUUAAUCACUGCUUGGAUAUGUACAUUGUUGAUUAAUAAAUUGUUUACAUAAA